AUGCCUUCGUUUUGUCUAAUCGUUGGAUGUUCCAACGAUAAAAAGAGACGUCCAGACCUUAGUUUUUGUAGGGUGCCUAAAGUUAUUACUAGUCAAGGCGAGCAGACGGAAAUUUUGUCGAAUGAACGGCGAACUAGAUGGUUAGCGGCCAUAAGUCGUGAUGACUUAACAGAAAGCAAGCUUGAGAACGACCGUGUUUGUGGAAUUCAUUUUCACUCUGGAAAAGCAGCUUCCCUCUGGGAUAAAUUCAAUCUAGACUGGGUGCCUAGCUUGCAUUUGGGCCACAGCAAGUUAAAGAGUUCAGACCAACAAGAGAAACAACAGGAAAGAGCCCAGAGAGUAAGAGAAAGACGUAAACGCGAGAGGGAGCGUGAAGAACAGGUUCAGGCUGUGAAAGAAAAAAAGGCAAGGGAAGAUGAAUCAGAAGCCCAUGGCGAUAGAAUCAGGGAUAUUUCUUUCGCGGUUCAAGAUGAAGAAGAUUUGGCAGAGGUUCCAGAGGAGGAGGAAGAGGGGAACAACAUGGCCACGCAAACUGAGCCAAGCGAACUCACGCAAUCACGGUCAACGCAAACCGAGCAGUGUGAUUACAUGUUUCGAACGCCUAAACCUUGGAUGCCAGAAAAAUCCACCGUAUUUGAACAGGAAUUUUUUGAGGGAGAUGACGGUAAAGUUCGCUUUUACACUGGAUUACCCUCGUGGGAAGUUUUAAUGAAAACAUUCUCCUUUGUAUCUCCACAUGUCAACAGACGCUCCCUGUCAUUGAGUAAAUUUCAGGAGUUUGUUCUGGUGUUGAUAAAACUACGACUGGCCGUCCCACACCAAGAUCUUGCUUAUCGUUUUGAUGUUUCUAGAACUGUUGUUUCUCGUAUUAUUGUUACCUGGUUAACUGUCAUGGAUGUUCGUUUAUCUCCUUUAAUUUCCUGGCCAAGUCGGGAACAGCUUCAAAGAACAAUGCCGAAAUGUUUCAUUGACUCUUUUGGUCUAAAGACAAGUGUGAUCAUUGACUGUUUCGAGAUAUUUAUUGAUAGGCCAUCCAAUCUUUUAGCAAGAGCACAGACCUUUUCGAACUACAAACACCAUAACACUGCGAAAGUGUUGAUUGGGAUAACACCACAAGGAACAAUAUCAUUUGUUAGUGAGGCCUGGGGGGGGCGCACAUCAGACAAAUUUCUUACAGAGAACUGUGGCUUUUUAAAAAAUUUACUUCCUGGGGAUCUUGUCCUUGCAGACAGAGGUUUCACUGUCCACGAGCAGGUGUGGUUUCACCAGGCAGAACUGAACGUCCCUGCAUUUACCAGGGGCAAACAACAGCUGGAUCCAGUUGAUGUAGAAAAGACACGUAAAAUCGCCAAUGUCAGAAUUCAUGUGGAGAGAGUUAUUGGAAUUCUGAGACAAAAGUACACAAUCUUACAAAGUACUCUGUCAACUGACUACUUAGCAUGUGAGGACAAGAGCAAAGCCCCACUGAUUGACAAGAUAAUUCGAGUUUGUGCUGCCCUUGUUAACCUCUGUCCUCCUAUUGUGAGUUUUGAUUGAUUUCUUUAAUGGGUAAUAACUCGUCAAGUUGUCCGAAUUAGCCAUACAUCUUGCCUGAGCCCCAGUCCAUUUACGGUACACCUAAAUACAUAGCCAAGAAGUGUAGCAAGCUUGUUAAAAGUGUGGUUGUCAAAUCCUUCAAGACCUGCGGUAUUUCCAAUGCCUUGGACGGAACAGAGGACGACGUGGUCUACUCUGAGGAAACCCCAGAAGUAGACGAUGAAGACAUAGAAGAGAACGAGUUCUAGACAGACAGCGAAAACGAAACGGAUGGCGAGUAAACUAUUGGGUUGAAAGCCCUUGCACAUAUCCGUCAAACGGCUCCUUUAGGAGCCACCAAUUUCAUAAAAGUGAAUAACCAAUAUUCAGAAGUUAUUUUUGUUGUGUUUUAUUACUUCUGCUUCAUUGCUAACUUGACUACAAGCCGGGGGGGUAAAGUUAUUCAGUAACUGUAUAUUUUUAAAAUGUAAAACCCUCGGCUACAAGCCAAACCCCGUUCUCCGUGAAAAAUCUCCCAAAAUUUUGGGUCGAAAACUGGAAAAAUCGCUCGGCUUAUAGGUGAAGAAAUACGGUAGUUGUUGUUACUUAAGCCUGAAAAGUAAUAUGCAUGAAAAGAGGGUGAUUAAAAACACUGCAGCUCUAUAGGGAGUCAGCUGCAAAUCCAUUCAAGCAAGAUGAGUUUCAGGGCCCGGUUGUUCGAACGCCAGUUAGCACUAACCCCGGGUUAAAUUCUAACCCCGGUUUCUUUUUCUUUUGUUCAAAAGGAUUUUCUCAGAUAAUUUUCUCUGUUAUUUUCAAGAGUAUCCAAUCAUCAACUUGUUGACAAAAAGAAUUAAACUGAAUUUACUUUUUAAGCUUUAAUGUCUGCGUUCAAAUUUCGCACUAACCCUGGGUUAUCUUAACGCAGCUUCGAACAACCCGGCCCAGGUGACCAACCUUGACUGUAAACUCACGACUUAAUGGUUGAAAAAAAUAAGGAUUAUUGAGAAAAUGUAAACAUUUCUUACAUGGUAAUGAUUCACCCUUGUCACAAGCUUCAGCAGGUUCACAAACAUUUUUUUAUUCAAAUAAGUUUUGAUCAGUAUGGUAAAACAUUUGGUUAAAAAAAAAUGCCUCUUACCAACUAUCUUCAAAGGAUUGACCUAAACCUACCCCAAGCACACACGCAAGCCAAGGUGGUCAUCCAAUCACUUCGCAGUGAGCCUAACAACGAGUUCUGGAAUAAGCUGUAUCAAUGGCAGUUUCUGUCGCGGCAAAGCAUGAUGUCCUAGUUUGUAAACUUAGAGUAGCUGGCCGAGAGUUGAAUCGAGAAAAUGUUCCAUCAGAUUCAGUUAGUGACUAGUGACUAACGAGCAGACUAACGUCCACGUCCAAAUCUAAUAAUACAAAAGAAAACCCUGCAAUCUCUCGUGUGACUCAAACAGGAAAUUUCUACAUCCUAGUGAACUCUUCUUACCAUUCAAUGUCAAGUAAUGCAGAUGCCCAAUUUGCUAAUUAUGCUCUUAACUGGGGUUAAUGAGCCCUAAGGGAGUACUGGUUCUUUCCUCACUUGUCCCUAGUGUACUCUACUCUCCUCACCCUUGCAAUCAAGGCUCAUGUAGUAGUCAACGGCUCACCGUUAAGCUCGAAGUACUUUCACUUUUACAAUGUUAAAGUGGUUGCAAAAGCUUCCAGUAAAUUUCCACAACAUAACAUGAUUCUCACCUGUCUCACCUUAUGUAAACCCCUCAUACAAAUAGUCAGCCACAUUUCAGCUUUGUUCUUCAAGCAAGUGCCUAAGCUCGCACUCUUUAAGACUGGAAGCAAGUGGAAGCUGUCUUCUGUAAUCGCUAUGGUUGUGCUUUGUCCUGCACAUUUUCCGUGUUAAUUUCGUUAUUUUCUCUCAUAGUUUGUUACAUUAUAUUAUUCAUUAUGUUGCCACCACUUUAGCCAUAUUGCCUCCGCCAUUAGCUCGAUGUAAAAACUAAAUCCUAAAUGUUUCUACCUUUUACUUUUCUUACUUACAUAUUGGUGGCAGGGAAGUGCACCCUGGGAUGAACUUUACCCCACAGUAUGUGGGAUAGCCCUCCUUAGCAACAGGUCCGGAUUCCUUACUCCAAGAUGGUACAACUCAACAUCUGACCUAUUCUCCUUCCAGCAGGGCACCCCUCAUCUGGUCCACCCUCUGUCACACCCUAAUGUAGGGUUAAAAACACUUCUUGAAAGUUAACAUUCAUCUGUGUGUCAACAGUGCUAUGAAAAUCAGUUGCUUCGGAAAAUUUAGGUUUAAAUCGUUUAGUUUGUUAGCUUGUUGUGUAUCCUUGGUUGCUUUAAAUAAUAUUAAUAUUAGCAAGUAAUUUAUUGUCGGCAAGCAUUGUUUGUUUGCCUUUUCAAAUUAGGAAUUUAAAGUUUAUGGGUGUUUCAUUAUGAUUAAUCUUUCCUGUUUGUUAUUUUUUAAAACAUAUUAUUAUAUACGAUGACGCAUGCCAUCUGAAAAAGUAUGGAAGCAAUCAAGUGAGAAGUCACUUGACUCCAACACCUGAAAGAAUGUCUGAUAUGAAAAUGGUCAUAGACAAGUUUCAUUUUAAAAAUCAUGUUAACAAGUGGUGUAAAGUACACUGUAAUCCAUAUGACAGUGAAGAGCUUACGGUAAUGUGGAAUCAUAUUUUCUUUCAUCUAUAAAUACAGUCAUAUUUCCAUUACUGUCACAAAUACUAUUUUCGCUUAAAGUCAGCAUAUUCUGUCCUUUAAGAUACCAAUUUUGCAGCUUACACACCACCAUGUUCACAGUCAGAGGGCAACCAUAUAGAGUAGGCCAAAAUAUUAAAAUUAUAAUUCUUAUAAUUUUGGAAACUCAUAAUGUCGAGAUGGAUACAUCAUGUGAUACUUAAAGUAUCCACCAAAUGGAUAAGCAUUGAAACAAAGUUGACAUUAACAAAUAUUUACCCUUGACAACAUAGCCUUAAAAGAAAUUUACAGUACAAAUUUGCUGAGGUGUUAUCUUUUUGUAUCUUUUAGCUACAUUGUCACCACAGACUACCCAAGAGCUAUCUGCAAAUGCACGCUGACCAUUUUUCUGCACUACGUAUCAGCUUCGAUAUUACAAGUACAGUACGUUAAACAACUUAAAAUAUAAAAGCCGAUAAAACGGAUAACUACGUAUCUACAUAUCCAGCUCUUUCAGGAAUAGAGAUUGGAAAUGGCGGAGUAUUCUGUGGUAAAGACGAAACAAAAAUCGGAAAAAACGUAGGGUAAAGGCGAAAAAACUCUUAAAUCCCUGUUGUUAUGGCACACGUUACCCAAAGGAUCACAGGUUCCGUCCACAAAGCAUGAACAUUCACACAGGCAUGUCCCAUGCAAAACGACACGAGAAUAAGGAGUCCGAAAAAGAUCGGUGUCUCUCGUUGCUUCAUCCCUUUUCCCAAGAGUUUACAUGCCUAAAAGAAGGAAACAUGAAAUUAGUAAACAAUGAAUUACUGUUAAAAAAGGAGAUUUGUCUAAAUGCGUUUUUUUAGCUUACCUCCUGUAUAGAUAGAGGACGGAGGUUCCAAUUGAUAUCAUGUUCAUGAAAAUCGUUAAGAUUUUAUCCAGAAGAUGAACAUGAUUAGCAGCCAUGUUGACCAAGCAAGAUUUCUACCCUGGCAGCAGAUACUGAGAACGAUAUACCGAGCGCACGUGCAAACAGUAGAAUGACAAUCAAACAAAAGUUGCUGAGUGUGUAAUUUGUCCUUUGAGUAUUUCAAUACCCUUCUUUACUACGGCAUUGCCAAUUGUUUAAUUGUGAAAACUAGAAGGUGGAUUAUAACACAAGGUAAAUGAAAGAUGUCACUGUUGUGUGUUUUGAGGAAGGGGAUAACGUCACAGGUAUACCCAUUUGGGACGAGAUAAUUUGGACCGGUCAAUGACAUGUGAAAAACAUUUGCAUUAACUUGAACGGUACAAACUGUACGCAUUGAUAUAAUUGUGUCUGUGCGGUCACAUGACUAUGACGUAGGUGAAAAGUUGGUUCCGCCAUAUUGGAGGAGUGAAAUCUGUCACGCGACUCCUCGCGCCUUGUAGCGAUGCCUUCGUUUUGUCUAAUCGUUGGAUGUUCCAACGAUAAAAAGAGACGUCCAGACCUUAGUUUUUGUAGGGUGCCUAAAGUUAUUACUAGUCAAGGCGAGCAGACGGAAAUUUUGUCGAAUGAACGGCGAACUAGAUGGUUAGCGGCCAUAAGUCGUGAUGACUUAACAGAAAGCAAGCUUGAGAACGACCGUGUUUGUGGAAUUCAUUUUCACUCUGGAAAAGCAGCUUCCCUCUGGGAUAAAUUCAAUCUAGACUGGGUGCCUAGCUUGCAUUUGGGCCACAGCAAGUUAAAGAGUUCAGACCAACAAGAGAAACAACAGGAAAGAGCCCAGAGAGUAAGAGAAAGACGUAAACGCGAGAGGGAGCGUGAAGAACAGGUUCAGGCUGUGAAAGAAAAAAAGGCAAGGGAAGAUGAAUCAGAAGCCCAUGGCGAUAGAAUCAGGGAUAUUUCUUUCGCGGUUCAAGAUGAAGAAGAUUUGGCAGAGGUUCCAGAGGAGGAGGAAGAGGGGAACAACAUGGCCACGCAAACUGAGCCAAGCGAACUCACGCAAUCACGGUCAACGCAAACCGAGCAGUGUGAUUACAUGUUUCGAACGCCUAAACCUUGGAUGCCAGAAAAAUCCACCGUAUUUGAACAGGAAUUUUUUGAGGGAGAUGACGGUAAAGUUCGCUUUUACACUGGAUUACCCUCGUGGGAAGUUUUAAUGAAAACAUUCUCCUUUGUAUCUCCACAUGUCAACAGACGCUCCCUGUCAUUGAGUAAAUUUCAGGAGUUUGUUCUGGUGUUGAUAAAACUACGACUGGCCGUCCCACACCAAGAUCUUGCUUAUCGUUUUGAUGUUUCUAGAACUGUUGUUUCUCGCAUUAUUGUUACCUGGUUAACUGUCAUGGAUGUUCGUUUAUCUCCUUUAAUUUCCUGGCCAAGUCGGGAACAGCUUCAAAGAACAAUGCCGAAAUGUUUCAUUGACUCUUUUGGUCUAAAGACAAGUGUGAUCAUUGACUGUUUCGAGAUAUUUAUUGAUAGGCCAUCCAAUCUUUUAGCAAGAGCACAGACCUUUUCGAACUACAAACACCAUAACACUGCGAAAGUGUUGAUUGGGAUAACACCACAAGGAACAAUAUCAUUUGUUAGUGAGGCCUGGGGGGGGCGCACAUCAGACAAAUUUCUUACAGAGAACUGUGGCUUUUUAAAAAAUUUACUUCCUGGGGAUCUUGUCCUUGCAGACAGAGGUUUCACUGUCCACGAGCAGGUGUGGUUUCACCAGGCAGAACUGAACGUCCCUGCAUUUACCAGGGGCAAACAACAGCUGGAUCCAGUUGAUGUAGAAAAGACACGUAAAAUCGCCAAUGUCAGAAUUCAUGUGGAGAGAGUUAUUGGAAUUCUGAGACAAAAGUACACAAUCUUACAAAGUACUCUGUCAACUGACUACUUAGCAUGUGAGGACAAGAGCAAAGCCCCACUGAUUGACAAGAUAAUUCGAGUUUGUGCUGCCCUUGUUAACCUCUGUCCUCCUAUUGUGAGUUUUGAUUGA